AUGUACUUUGUCCAACUCCUACUGUUCCUCCGGGACCACCAGCAGCAGCAGCAGCAGCAGCAGCAGAAGAAGAAGAAGAAGAAGAAGAAGAAGAACCACCAGCAGCAGCAGCAGCAGCAGCAGAAGAAGAAGAAGAAGAACUGCUGCUGCUGCUGCUACGAGACGAUCCCCGCAAUAAAUGCGAUUGAAGACGAUCCCAACUUGCACGCUGAUUCACAUCCAAACGGGAGGGACUGCAGCAGCAGCAGCAGCAGCAGCAGCAGCAACAGCAACAGCAGCACAAGCACCAGAUAA